AUGGCUGGCUUCGGCUUGCUUUGGUCGAGGAUGCCGCAACACGUCCAUGAUGAGGCUAGGCACAUCAUCAGUAGCUUGGUUCCCAUGGUGAUGUCCUACUUCAACCCCUAUGAGCAGAUCACCGUCUCCGAGUACGGUGAAGAGCGGUUCGAAUGGAACAAAAUGUUCUGCGCCGUCUCCACCUACCUGAGAAGGGCGUGCUUGGAUCAUGCAAGCAAGCUCAAGGGCGAGCUCGGCAACAACAGCAAGGACGACCCGCUUAUCAGACUGGACAAAAACCAGGAGGUCGUCGACAACUUCGACGGAGCCCGCAUGUGGUGGAGGCUGUGCCCCAAAUCCACCAAGAACAGGGGGGCCACCGUCAUCAGCUUGUUGCCAGGGGAUUCCGACGAUGAGCCUCGGUGCUACAGGCUGGUGUUUCACAAGCGCCAACGAAAACUUGUGCUCGACUCCUACCUGCCCAGAAUCGUCCGGCAGGAAGAGCAGGUGGAUCAAUGUCCCGUACAAUCCCCGGCGACGUUCGACAUGCUCGCCAUGGACCACAGCAAGAACAUCGAGAUCAUGGAGGAUCUCACGGCAUUCCGUGUGGCGCGAGUACCACUCCAAGGUCGGCAAGGCGUGGAAGCGGGAUACUUCCUGCAUGGGCCGUCGGGCACGAGCAAGUCCACCAUGAUCGGGGCUAUGGCCAACUUCCUCGAGUAUGAUGUCUACGACCUCGACGUAACAUCCAUCAAGGACAACGCCGAGCUGCGGAAGCUCUUCCUUGAUACGAUGGACAGAUCCAUCAUCGUUAUCGAGGACAUCGACGCGAUCGAGGUCGAACUCACCACCAAGCGCAAGGGCAAGGAGGCAGCCAAGAGAGGCGGCGACAACCACCUGCGGAUCUUCGUGUUCACGACGAACCACGUUGACCGGCUCGACCCGGCGCUGAUCCGGCGGGGUAGGAUGGACAGGCACAUUGAGAUGUCCUACUGCCGGUUCGAGGCCUUCAAAAUGCUCGCUAAGAGCUAUCAAGACAUCACUGAGCAUUCACUAUUCGGUGAAAUCGGGCAACUGCUCGAUGAGAUCGACACAACUCCGGCAGACGUGGCCGGUAACCUCAUGCUGCGGGUCAAGAGGAGAGAAGCAGAUGACUGCUUGGCAGUUUUAGUGGAAACACUGAAGAAGGCUAAGAUGAAAGCUGCAGCACCUCCUAUGGAUUCAGUGGAAGAGGCGAAAGAGGAAUAA